AUGGAAAAAACUACAUAUGGAAUAUUGUGGAAUUUAAAAUCUAUGUAUGAAGAUCAUGAAUUAAUAGAAAAACAUGAUGAAACAAUGUUCGAUAUUAUGAUUAGUUAUUCACAUAAAGAUAAAAUAUUCUGUAAACAAUUAUAUGAUGAACUUAUUAAAAUUGGUUAUCAUGUAUGGAUUGAUUUUGAUCAAAUACAUGGUAAUGUUAUAGAUGCAAUAGUACAAGCAAUUGAACAAUCAAAUAUAAUAUUAAUUUGUAUGAGUGAACAAUAUCGACGAAGUAAUUAUUGUCGAGCAGAAGCAAAUUAUGCAUUUCGACGUCGAACUAAAAUUGUUCCAAUACUUUUAGAAGAACAUUAUCAACCCGAUGGUUGGUUAUUAUUUCUAGUUGGUCAAUUAAUUUACGUAGAUUUUACUAAAUAUGAAUUUUCAAAAGCUAUGGAAAUAUUAAUUAAAGAAUUAAAAGCUCCUGUUUUACAAGAUGAUAAUCUUCAACAUAUAGAAUCUAAAAAUAAGAGAAGUAUUGUUACUUCUAAUUUAUCAAUCCAUCAAUCAAAAUCAAUAUUACCUACACAUUCGGAUAAUAUUUUAGAAUGGACUCCGACUGAAGUUCAACAUUGGUUAAUUGGACAUAAUCUUGUACAAAUGUCUCGUCUUUUAUCGGAUUAUGAUGGUUCAAGUUUGACUCAUUUGAAUAAAUAUUUAAUAAAUGGUGAAUUACAACAGAUUUUAAAAUUACUUCAAGAAGAUUGUCUUCGACGAACAAAUCAAAAUUUAUCACUUAUUGAAUUAGUUCGUUUACAAAAUCUUAUCGAUCAACAACAAAAAAAAAUUCUCGAAUCAAAAAGUUUUGAAAAAAGAACUAAGAAAAAAACUAAUAGUAGAUGUAUACCAAUUAAUUGUAGUUUCUGUGAAAUAAUUUAA